CUGAACCCGGACGUGAUACGGCGGCAGGGGCUUAGCAUUCGGCAAACUUCGGAAGCUGUGGGACUUCUGUGUCUUUUUCGUUCAUCAUGGCGCCGCUGCUUAUUCCUUUGCAGUGUGACUUCCACUUGCAGAGACGAAAACUAGCCUUUUUACUUAGACAGGCGAGCUUGUAUCACAGCCUGAGACACGCGGACGACAGGAGCGAAGUUCGACGGAGGAGGUGGUGCCAGCAGCAGCAGUUAGGCACAGGUGGGAGGAGUACUGUUUGGACGAACCUAAGAUGUGAAAACAGCAGACGGAUAUUAGACGGUGCUAAGGACCUGCACCUGUGGCAGCUGACGGGGAAGCGGACAUGUUGGCACGGUCAUGCCGGUGGGGGUCUGAACGCAGAUCCCAAGAAUGUGCUGAAAGAGGUGGACUCCAGGAAAAUCCUGGCGGCGAUGCUGUCAUACGUGUGGCCCAAGGACAGACCUGACUUACGGGCACGAGUAGCCAUCUCUCUGGGCCUGCUGGCUGGAGCCAAGGUUACCAACAUCAUGGUGCCCUUCAUGUUUAAAUAUGCAGUGGACGGCCUGAACCAGAUGUCGGGAAACCUGCUGAACCUGAGCGAGGCACCAAACACCGUGGCGACCAUGGCGACGGCCGUCCUCAUUGGCUAUGGGGUGUCACGAGCCGGAGCUGCUCUCUUCAACGAGUUGAGGAAUGCUGUCUUUGGGAAGGUCGCCCAGAGCUCUAUCCGCAGGAUAGCCAAGAAUGUCUUCCUGCACCUGCACAGCCUGGAUCUGGGAUUUCACCUCAGUCGCCAGACGGGAGCGCUGUCCAAGGCCAUCGACAGGGGCACACGAGGCAUCAGCUUUGUGCUGAGCGCUCUGGUCUUCAACCUGGGGCCUACCGUCUUCGAAAUGGCUCUCGUCAGCACUAUUUUGUAUUAUAAGUGUGGCGGCCAGUUUGCCUUGGUUACUAUUGGGACCCUUUCAACGUACGCAGCAUUCACCGUUGCGGUCACACAGUGGAGGACCCGUUUCAGGAUAGAAAUGAACAAAGCUGAUAACGACGCUGGAAACGCUGCCAUCGAUUCCCUUCUGAAUUAUGAGACUGUGAAGUAUUUCAACAAUGAAAAGUAUGAAGCAGAGAGGUACGAUGGCUUCCUGAAGACCUACGAGUCAGCCUCCCUGAAGACCACGUCGACGUUGGCCAUGCUGAACUUUGGGCAGAGCGCCAUCUUUAGCAUUGGCCUGACCUCCAUCAUGGUGUUGGCCAGCAAGGGCAUCAUGGCAGGCACCAUGACAGUUGGGGAUUUGGUGAUGGUCAACGGGCUGCUCUUCCAGCUUUCGCUACCUCUCAAUUUCCUGGGCACUGUGUACAGGGAGACCAGGCAGGCCCUCAUUGACAUGAACACCCUCUUCACCUUGCUCAGCGUCGACACCAAAAUCAAGGAGAAAGACCUGGCCCCCCCGCUGGUGGUGUCGGCCCAGGAGGCCACCAUCCGCUUCGAGGACGUAUACUUCGAGUACCUGGAGGGGCAGAAAGUGCUCAACGGGGUGUCAUUCGAGGUGCCCGCCGGGAAGAAGGUCGCCAUCGUAGGAGGCAGUGGCUCCGGGAAGAGCACAAUUGUGCGCUUGCUGUUCCGCUUCUACGAGCCCCAGCAAGGCAACAUCUACAUUGCGGGCCAGAACAUCCGUGACGUGAGCCUGGAGAGUCUGAGGAGGGCCGUGGGUGUUGUUCCGCAGGAUGCCGUGCUCUUCCAUAACACCAUCUAUUACAACCUGCUCUACGGGAAUGUCCACGCCUCCCCUGAAGAGGUGUACAGGGUUGCCAAGCUUGCGGGUAUCCAUGACGCUAUCCUCAAGAUGCCCCAUGGGUAUGAGACCCAGGUGGGGGAGAGGGGCCUCAAGCUCUCAGGGGGGGAGAAGCAGCGCGUGGCCAUUGCCCGGGCCAUCCUGAAGAACCCGCCCAUCCUGUUGUACGACGAGGCCACGUCUUCCCUGGACUCCAUCACCGAGGAGAAUAUAUUGAGCGCCAUGAAGGAGAUGGUUAAGGACAGGACGUCUGUCUUCAUCGCCCACAGACUGUCCACCAUUGUGGACGCUGAUGAGAUUUUAGUCCUGAAUAAGGGGAAGGUUGCGGAGCGGGGAACCCACCAGGCCCUUCUGAAUACCCCGGGUAGCCUCUACUCGGACCUGUGGAACACCCAGAACAACAGGGUCUUGAACAACAAAGGGGCGACCGACCCUGUGAGGGAGCACCUCUCCCAGAAGGAGGAGGAGAGGAGGAAGCUGCAGGAGGAGAUCCUCAACAGCGUAAAGGGCUGCGGCAACUGUUCCUGCUGAGGAGCGCCUGACAUCGUUGAGCCCUGAGGCUUCAGGGGACACGCCAACCGGAGACACGUGCUUCCAGUCCUGGAGCAUCUGCCACAGCUCUCGGGCCGUACGCCACAGGCCGCCUGUCACCGGAGUCCGGCGCCCUUUCCUCCUCCCUACGCUCACCCACUUCAGUCCCAGUACACUCUGCACCCGCUCCUUCCUGGAGGUACCGCUCAUGAAAGUGGGAAGCUAAAAACCAUUUGUUUGACACAAUGCUACCCCCCAAAAAAAAAAAAAAAAAAAAAAAAAAAAAA